CACGUCAGCAAGGACAGCAGGUUCUGGGGGGACGCAGGUGACACUGGCCAGGAUGCUGGUCCCCAGAGCCAGGUUCUGGUGCUCCCCAAUGCAAAGAUAAUGGCCCCCAGGCAAGAGCCUGGGCAGCAGGUCCCCAGGGACAUCAGUGCCACCAAGAUGAGGCUGGACCUCAAGGGAGCUGCACCCAGGGUCUCCUACCUGGAGCAGGUGUUCCCGCUCCUGUCACAGCUGGGAGCCAACGGCAUCCUCAUUGAGUACGAGGACAUGUUCCCCUUCAAGGGGGAGCUGGAAAUCCUCAAGUCCCCGUACGCUUACAGUGAGGAGGACGUCGAGCGGAUCCAGCAGCUGGCAGAGCUCCACAAGCUGGAGGUGGUUCCCCUGGUGCAGACCUUUGGGCAUGUGGAGUUCAUCCUCAAGCACGAGAAGUACCAGCACCUGCGGGAGGUCGAGCGCUUCCCCAACAGCUUCAACCCCCACGUCCCUGACACCCUGGCCCUGCUCAAGAGCAUCUUGUCACAGGUGAUCGAGAAGCACAAGCACUCCACCUGGAUCCACAUCGGCGCAGACGAGGUCUUCCAUCUCGGGGAGGGGUUGGACUCCAAGAACUGGUUGAGCCACAACAAGGGUGACACGGGGACCAUGUACCUGAAGCACAUCAAGGAGGUGCUGGGCUUCAUCACCACGCAGUACUGGGGGCUGCGGGUGCUCAUGUGGGACGACAUGCUGAGGAAGAUCAGCGUGGGAGCCCUGCAGGAGUCUGGGAUAGCGAAGCACGUCUCGCCCGUGGUGUGGUUCUACGCACCUGACUUUGAGGCUGAGCAGAUCGGGCCGUUCCUCGCCAAGUAUGCAGAGAGCGGCUUCGAGGCGGUCUGGUUCGCCAGCGCCUUCAAGGGCACCACGGGACCGGCGCAGAGCUGGCCCCCCCUGAGCUACCACCUCAAAAACCACCUGAGCUGGCUGAAGGUGAUGGAGGCCCUGCCACGGCUGGCCCCGCUGCGCUUCCAGGGCAUCAUCCUCACCGGCUGGCAGAGGUGA